UUAAUUGCCGUGCAUAAAGGCAAAGCAGUAGUUUGCACUACCAAUCCUUAUCCCACCAGUUGUGCUGAUUUCAAUACUAAUUAUUGUUCAAAUAACAAAUGUCGCAUAUUUAGUAAGAUUUAUGGACAAAAACCAUUUUAUGUAUCAUGUGAUAACCAGACCGAUGGUGGUGGAUGGACUGUCAUCCAAAGACGUAUUAAUGGUUCCGUAGAUUUCUACCGCAAAUGGUCAGAAUAUAAGAUGGGCUUCGGUGAUAUUGAAGGCGAGUUCUUCAUCGGUCUCGAUAAACUUCAUGCCCUGACGACUGAACUACAACCAGUAGAACUCUUGAUACAACUAAAAGAUUUCAAUAAUACUUUGACAUAUGCCAAAUAUGCUGAAUUCAUUGUCGAAGAUGAAUUGGAGAAUUAUAAAUUACUGAAAGUGGGUAAAUAUUCUGGCAAUGCUACUGAUUCAUUUAGUCCACAUCAGGGUUAUAUGUUUACCACGAAAGAUCGUGACAAUGACUUAGAUACAAAUGAAAAAAACUGUGCUGAGUAUUUUAAAAGUGCAUGGUGGUUUCAUGCCUGUUUUAAUAGCAAUUUAAAUGGAAAAUAUCAUGCGAAAGAAGUAUCUACUAAUACAAAUUUUGGUAUAUGUUGGAAUUCUAGUAGAGGUUGCAAACAUUCUUUAAAAUUUGUUCAAAUGAUGAUAAGACCUAAGAAAAUAUAAAAUUGUAAGAAGUAAUUAAAACAAGUUAGAGUGCUAUAUUCGGCUGAGCCGAAUCUUAAAUACCCUCCACCAGCUACUUUU